GAGGAGCUGUGGGAAGCUGAAGGAGCCCAGCCAGGGGCACGGGCCGGAGCGGCAGCCCUAGGCUGAGGCUGCCUUCCGCAGGAUUUGAACUCAAGCUACUUUUCAUGAAAGAAGGGCCACCUCAGAGGGCGCCACCGACUUGGCUGGGCUCUUCUACUCUGGAUGCCCCCUGCUCUGAGGACCCUGCUGCUCAGAACCAAAGAAUAUUAAGAGGCCAGAUACAUUUCCCCCCGGCCCCGAGCUGGCCGGCCGGAGUCAGGCCUCUGCUCGCCUAGUGGCUGGCUGCGGAGUCUGGUGGGGAGUCUCUAGCUUCCCUCCAGCUCGCGGCUUUAGUGCUUGAUGGGGCUGCCUGUCGGGGGACCAGCGUUUGCCGCACCUGGUAGGGGCGGAGAGCCGUGGGAAGAGGUCCCGCGGCGCCCAGGCCUGGGCUCACCCCAAGACUAAGUGCUUUCCCGACUUAGAGAGGGAGAGAGAGAAAGCAAGAAGAAAAAAAGAGAGGGAGAGAGAAAGGAAAGCUCCCCUUCCCCUCCUCCCUUCCCGUCAUGUCCUCUAAGCCAGAGCCGAAGGACGCCCACCAGCUCAACGGGACUGGCCCUACUCCCUCGCCCUGCUCUUCAGAUGGCCCCGGGCGAGAGCCCUUGGCCGGGACCUCAGAGUUCCUGGGGCCUGAUGGGGCCGGGGUGGAGGUGGUGGUGAUUGAGUCCCGGGCCAACGCCAAGGGGGUCCGGGAGGAGGACGCCCUGCUGGAGAACGGGAGUCAGAGCAAUGAAAGUGAUGACGUCAGCACGGACCGGGGGCCCGCACCGCCCUCCCCGCUCAAGGAGACCUCCUUUUCCAUCGGGCUGCAAGUGCUGUUCCCCUUCCUCCUGGCAGGCUUUGGGACUGUGGCUGCUGGCAUGGUGCUGGACAUCGUGCAGCACUGGGAAGUCUUCCAGAAGGUGACAGAAGUCUUCAUCCUGGUGCCUGCACUGCUGGGGCUUAAGGGGAACCUGGAAAUGACCCUGGCAUCGAGGCUGUCCACUGCAGCCAACAUUGGGCACAUGGACACACCCAAGGAGCUCUGGCGGAUGAUCACUGGGAACAUGGCCCUCAUCCAGGUGCAGGCCACAGUCGUGGGCUUCCUGGCGUCCAUCGCAGCCGUCGUCUUUGGCUGGAUCCCUGACGGCCACUUCAGCAUCCCGCAUGCCUUCCUGCUCUGUGCCGGCAGCGUGGCCACGGCCUUCAUUGCCUCCCUGGUGUUGGGUAUGAUCAUGAUUGGAGUCAUCAUUGGCUCUCGAAAGAUUGGAAUCAACCCAGACAACGUGGCCACGCCCAUUGCCGCCAGCCUGGGUGACCUCAUCACCUUGGCACUGCUCUCAGGCAUCAGCUGGGGACUCUACCUGGAGCGGGAUGACUGGCAAUACAUCUACCCCCUGGUGUGUGCCUUCUUCGUGGCCCUGUUGCCUGUCUGGGUGGUGCUGGCCCGACGGAGCCCAGCCACAAGGGAGGUGUUGUACUCGGGCUGGGAGCCUGUCAUCAUUGCCAUGGCCAUCAGCAGUGUGGGAGGCCUCAUUUUGGACAAGACUGUCUCCGACCCCAACUUCGCAGGGAUGGCUGUCUUCACGCCUGUGAUUAAUGGUGUCGGGGGCAAUCUGGUGGCAGUGCAGGCCAGCCGCAUCUCCACCUUCCUGCACAUGAAUGGGAUGCCAGGGGAGAACUCUGAGCAAGCCCCUCGCCGCUGCCCCAGUCCUUGUACCACCUUCUUCAGUCCUGAUGUAAAUUCUCGCUCGGCCCGAGUCCUCUUCCUACUUGUGGUUCCGGGACACCUGGUGUUCCUCUACACCAUCAGCUGUAUGCAGGGCGGGCACACCACGCUCACGUUCGUCUUCAUCAUCUUCUACAUGACAGCCGCACUGCUCCAGGUGCUGAUUCUCCUGUACAUCGCAGACUGGAUGGUGCACUGGAUGUGGGGCCGGGGCCUGGACCCGGACAACUUCUCCAUCCCGUACUUGACCGCUCUGGGGGACCUGCUUGGCACUGGGCUCCUAGCACUCAGCUUCCAUGUCCUCUGGCUCAUUGGGGACCGAGACACAGAUGUCGGGGACUAGCCUGGUCACUCAACCUUUCCCCCUACCCCCUGCACUUUUGUUCGAA